AUGGAGCACCUCGCGCGCGACCCGACUCCUCUGACUCGGGUGUACCACCUCAUGGCCGAAGGGAUGUCCUUCAAGGUCACGGUUGCGCUCCGUGCAAGAAGGGUGGAGAAGUGGAUCAAGUGUGUGAAGAGGGACUAUCUCGACAACACGCCAAUCAAGUGCGUAGGGCUGGAUUGCGAUUUCACCAACCCUCGCGAGGGUAAUCAGCGCGCCGCCGUCCUGCAACUCUCGGUGGCGUCCGAGAAUCUGGUAUUCCAGAUUUGUCGCGCCGAUGAAGUGCCACAAGUUCUCAAGGAGUCCUUGCAGGACGGCUCCAUCAGAUUCUGCGGCGCGACUAUCGACAAGGAUUUGGAGAUGCUGAGUCCGUACGGUAUUCACAUUACUUCUGUGUACGACCUCCAGUAG